AUGGAAAGGAAUACUGGUAAUCUGUAUGUCACACAGGAACUGGACAGAGAGGAACAGGCGGAAUACAGGAUCUGGGCUCAUGCUGUGGCAGAGGGAAGUGCUGGAAAUGCAGAAGAUCCUAUGGAAAUAAUAAUCAAAGUGAUCGAUCAGAAUGACAAUAGCCCCGUCUUUAAUCAGUCUACCUAUGAGGCAGAGGUUCCUGAGGCCUCACCCAAAGGUUUCGAGGUGAUCCAAGUUGAGGCCACAGAUGCUGAUGAGCCAAAUAAUGACAACUCUGCCAUCCGUUAUCGGAUUAUGAGGGAGGAGCCUCAAGGACCCAGUCCAUCAGUGUUUGCAGUACACCCAUUCACUGGUGUCAUCACAGUCAAUGCUGAAGCACUGGACAGAGGGAAACACCCCCAGUACACUCUGCUGGUAGAAGCAGCAGAUUUUGCAGGGGAGGGACUGGCUGCGCAAGCUAAAGUAUUGAUCACUGUGUCCGCAAAUGAUGAUAACCCUCCAGUCAUCUCUCAGCCUGCUGAUGCUGUGAAUCCAGAAGCUCCUGUCCUGCUUUUCCCCCAAUCUAGUGGAGGGCUGAAGAGGAGGAAGAGAGACUGGGUUAUCCCUCCAUUAAGUGUUUCUGAGAAUCAGAGAGGACCAUAUCCUUAUCAGCUUAAUCAGGUGAGACGAACUGAACCAUAA